GCUGAAUACUGUAUGUCUGAAGCAAAGACAUUGUGUAGCCAAAAUAUACGCUUGAAUGUCUUAGCGUUGACGUGUUGUUGUGUCGUAGUAAGUGUGUUGUCUUUUUAGUUCCGGCCAAGAGGCGGACAUCACUUAAAGUUGUUACUGAAAAAGGUCAUGGAAUUAUAACUGAAAUGUUAGUUUAUGAUUCCGGAUGACUGGAGUGGACUGAAUUUUGACAGAUCAAAGUGAACAUUUUGUUUCAAUAACUUGCUUUUCUUUCCACUUAGGUGACUUAGGCCUACACUCCUGUCCAGAUUAGCUGAUGAUUUGCGUCAACAAUUCUAUUUAUAACAUUUUAAUAAGUUCGUAAAUAAUCAUUUUGUUUUGGCCUUACGCUGUGGGCCCAUUUGGUACAUUCUGUGUGUCAACUAUAUAGCAGACGAUUUGUUUUAAAACAGAAUUGGACUAGUCAAUCCAUGAACUGUCACUGUUCAUUGGGGGGAGUGUAUACCUUUUAUCCAGUUUUAAGUUUUUAAAAAAUCCCUAUGUUUUGUGUGUGUUAUUUGAAGAAUCAUGGCAGUGUGAUGUUCCCAUUUGCUUUAUUGCUGUUAAACUUUAUGUUCAUUGCCUCGGAAAAAACUUACAUAAACCAAUAUGCCGUUCACAUAAAAGAUGGUAGAACUGGUUUAGAACGUGUACUACAAUCGACAGGACUGGUGAACAGAGGGCAGAUCGGAGAUUUGGAAGAUCACUAUUUUUUGGAAAUACCACAACGUGAACGUAGAUCUGCAAGCCAUAGUCAAGAACAUCAUGAUCUGUUAUCAAGCCAUUCAGACGUUCACUGGUUUGAACAGCAGAUCCAUAGACCCAGAUAUAAAAGAGAUCAUAUACCUAAUCCAACUGCUGAUAAUUUAAAUGAUAAUUUAUAUGGUGCACAGUGGUAUCUGCAUGGAGGUGGUAAAGGUGGUUAUGAUAUGAACGUAAUACCAGCAUGGAAGAAAGGUUAUAGUGGACGUGAUGUUGUAAUAUCUAUUUUAGAUGAUGGUAUUGAAAGGACACAUCCAGAUUUAAAAGAAAAUUAUGAUCCAUAUGCAAGUUACGAUGUCAAUAGUCAUGAUAAUGAUCCAAUGCCAAGAUAUGAUCCCACAGAUGAAAAUAGACAUGGUACCCGAUGUGCUGGUGAAGUAUCAGCUGUAGCUAAUAAUACAGUAUGUGGUGUUGGUAUUGCUCCUCAUUCCAGAAUAGGAGGUGUUCGUAUGUUAGAUGGUGAAGUCUACGAUGCUGUAGAAGCUGCUUCAUUAAGUUUUAACAGAUCUCAUAUAGAUAUUUAUUCCGCUAGUUGGGGACCAGAUGAUGAUGGUAGAGUUGUAGAUGGUCCUGGUCCACUAGCUAAAAAAGCUUUUAUUGAUGGAAUAACAUUGGGAAGAAAUAAAAAAGGUUCUAUCUAUGUUUGGGCGUCUGGAAAUGGUGGUAAUGCCCAAGACUCGUGUAAUUGUGACGGUUAUACCAACAGUGUUUAUACUCUAUCAAUAAGUAGCACAUCAGAACGUGGACAGAAACCCUGGUAUUUAGAGGAAUGUUCAUCAACUUUAGCAACUACAUACAGCAGUGGUUCCUAUAACGAGAAACAAAUAAUAACAGUUGAUUUACGUGGUAGAUGUACUCAAACACAUACAGGUACUUCAGCUUCUGCACCUCUAGCUGCUGGUGUUGUAGCUUUAGUUCUAGAAGCCAAUCCUUCAUUAACAUGGCGUGAUGUACAAUAUAUAACAUUACUAAGUGCGAAUCCUGUUCCUAUGGUUGAUGGUCAGUGGAUGACAAAUGCUUUAGGAAGAAAAGUAAGUUUACGAUAUGGUUAUGGUUUAAUGGAUGCGUCUGCAAUGGUUGAUUUAGCAGAAGUAUGGACGAAUAUUCCCGAACAACAUAUAUGUGAAGUCAAUUCUAAUGUUAAUAAUGUACAUUUAGAUGGUACAACCUAUAUUGAUUCCAUUGUCACACAAGCAUGUGAUGGUAUGGCAAAUGGUGUUAAAUUCCUUGAACAUGUUCAAGUGAUCAUAGCGUUAACUCAUAAACGUCGUGGUGACGUCAUCAUCUACAUAACGUCUCCGAGUGGUACCAAAUCUAAAUUAUUACCAAAACGACCAAAUGAUAGACAAGAGGGAGAAUUUAAAAAUUGGCCAUUUUUAUCAGUUCAUUUUUGGGGUGAAGACCCUAAUGGUCGCUGGACCUUAGAAAUAGAGGAUGCGAAAUCAUACAAUCCACAUGGCACCACAGGAGGUAGUAAGCCCAGUUUUCCAUAUCCACUCUCUUCUAGUUAUCGCACUUGGCAAACUCUAAAAUCUAGCGAACCGCAUGGUGUAUUAAGAUCAUGGUCUAUAGUAUUUCACGGUACAGCUACACAACCUAUUAAUUUAAAGAAUGGUACAUCAAUAACUCCUCCAGCAACUGUUAAAGCCACAACGGCAACAACUUCUCAACCUCUUACAGGAUCAACUACAAGUCCUAAGCCAUUCACUUGCCAUUUUGAAUGUAAAAAAAAUUGUACUGGACCCAAACCAGAAAACUGUAAUGCAUGUAAAAAUGUUCGACUUGGUUCAACUGGGGCAUGUAUUGAUGUAUGUCCAGAAGGUUUCUAUAAUAAUGAAGGAUAUUGCCAGGCAUGUGAUAGUACAUGUAAAACCUGUAGUGGUCCAACACUAUCAGAAUGUCUCACCUGUAAUACUAACAGAUUUUAUACAGAAAAACAUCAUAUAUGUGUAGAUAAAUGCCUUACUGGUUAUUUUAAAGAUGGAAACAGUUGUAUGCGAUGUAGUUCCAGCUGUCGAGAUUGUGAGAAUGAAAGAGAUACGUGUACGGCGUGUAGCGGGGGUAAAGAACUUAUACGAGGGAAAUGUAUUUUAGCACACAAUAAACCGAAAGUACAUAUAAUAAUACCCGACUCUAUGGAGGGAGUGGUUCUAACCCUUGUUAUUAUUUGUGUCUUCCUUUUGGGGUCAAUUGUUUUAAUCGUAGGAAUUGUUUAUGCUCAAAAAAAGCAAAUGUUUUGUUGGGCGUAUAAAUAUGAUAAACUGCCUUGUUCAGAUAAUUCUGUCAUAGCAGUGGAUAAAAAAAUCUAUAUUGAUGAUGAUGAUGACUUUUCGCCAUAAAUACAUUAGUUUUUUUUUGUUUGUUUUUUUAAAAAAUGGGAAAGUGGGUUAUGGGGCAAUUACCAUUUUGAUAAAGAGUUAUUCCAGUCCAUAGCAACAAAAGCCAUGUCAUCCAAUUUCUUGAUAAUCUUUGAAGAGAUAUAAAUUUCACAAAGGAUGUCAUAAAUUCAGCAUUCACUUACAAAAGUGUAUAAUAUGCCUUGAAAAAUUUGAGAGUGCCCUUUUAACAAACUUACAGAAAUAAAUGAUAUACUGUUGAGGGGAGAUAACUCUUACUUUAUUGUUGUAGUUGCCCCACCUAUGUUAUUGUUAAAACAGAUCACAGAUAAUUCCAUAUAUUUCUAUGGCUUCUUUCUAUUGUUAUAUAUAUAUUAUAUUUUUUUAUUGUAAUAUAAAAACUCAAGUACAUAUGUUAUAUAUAUAUAUAUAUAUAUAUAUAGACAGCAAUUCAAUACAUCAGAACAAUUUGUCUUUGGAGAGUCUCGAGUGGACGUUAAACCCCAUUUCUCUCUCUCUUUGGAGAGUCUCAUGUACACAUUGGCGUACAUGAAAAAGAUCCCUUGGCAGCUUGAAUUAUGUUUCAGAGUAGGCGGUAGCACUGCUGUCUGGGCAAAAUUCCCUUAUAGCACACUCUAUGGCAUAUGCCUGUCUUAAUAAACCCAGUCAGGGAAGCAGGAGAAAUAAAAAUAUUUUGUCUCAGAAGGCAAAUUGUUCUGUAAUGUUUCUUUGACUUAUCGAUAUAUAUGGGGGAUUAAUAAUAAGUAAAACGUGAAAUAAUAAAACUGAGCAUGCCGGUGGUUUUAUGAUCCUCGAACUGUAAAUCAUACUGGGGCCCGAUUCAUGAAAAAUUAAACUAAAAUAUUAUAAAUAUGCAGCCUUUUGAUUGGUUUAGGUUUAAAAUUAUAGUACAAAUUUUAGCUCUGGGCCAAUGAAAGGUGUGAAUUAUUAUAAUAUUUUAGUUUUCAGCUUUUGUGAAUAAAGCCCCAGAGUUACAGGUUUUAUUAAAAAUGAAACGAAAUAGGUGGUGGUUAUCAAAGCAUGAAUAGUGCGAUCAAUAUAUUAUAUAAUAAUAAAUUAUAAAUACAUUCAACUGUGAUAUAUCAAUUAAUGAAUGGAAAUAUCCUAUCAUAUACCAAGUUGAUAAUAAGCGUUAGAAAUCUGAUUUGAAUGAAGAUUGAAGAUACUAAAAUUGAUUAAUUUGCCAUUAUUUUAAAUUUAAUUAGGCCUAUAAAUACCUCUUUAGGUAAUUGAACUCUUUAUCAUAAUAUAUAUUUUAAUCACUCAUUAUUUGAACAAAACAUAUUUAUUUUAUUUUAUCUUAUUUUAUUUUUUAAAAAAAAGACAGAUGGACCACCAUUACUUUUCAACUAUUGCAAUAGCUAACUAUUGAACUGUUAACCUAGCUAACUGUUGAAUUGUUAACCUAGCUAAAUGUUAACCUGACUGCUGAACAGUUAAUCAAUCUAACAGUUCGACUGUUAAGCUGGCUAACUGUUAAGCUGUUAAUCUAUCUAAAUGUUCAACUUAUAACCUAGCCAACUUCUGAACUGUUAACCUAGCUAACUGUUGAAUUGUUAACCUAACUGACUGUUGAACAGUUAAUCAAUCUAACUGUUCGACUGUUAAGCUAGCUAACUGUUGAACUGUUAACCUAUAUAAAUGUUCAACUUAUAACCUAGCCAACUACUGAACUGUCAACCUAGCUAACUGUUCAACUGUUAACCUAGGUAACUCUUGAAUUGUUAAUCUAGCUAACUGUUCAACCAUACCAUUGUUUACCAUAAUACUGGUACCAUAAUGAUGUGAUCAGGAAUUACCCAAUUUUUUGCUACAUGUUAAUGUAUAAAACAAGAAAGUGACAUGCAGACAACAGCAACAUAAAUGAACACAAGUCAAGGCCAUACUAACAAAUCUUUUAUAAAAAGAAAAAUUGUAUAGUACCUGUGGUGGAUAAUACACAUUUAUUAACAUUUAAACGUUAAAAUUAACAAAUUGAUGAUGAUAUAUUAUUUAUGUAUGUAUAUGUCUAUAUUAAGAGAAUAUUAAUAUUGUUAAUGCUGUAGAAGAGUAUAUAUAAUACAUAUUGUUGUUCCGUUUGUUCUUCAGAAUGUUCUAUCUGCAAUACAAUCCAAUACAGAAAUUAUUUAUAGUGCUAAUUACCAUUUGUUUAUCGAUAGCUCAUACUUCAUUUUCUCAAAUCUUCCUUAAAAUAGCUAAACCUCUUUGAUUUAGAAGAAAUUGACAAAAUUUUAGUUUUGAUUAAAGGGGUCUGGUCAUUUUAAGAACAGAUAGAACAUUCUGAAAAUCUUGUGGCAAAAUGAUCGGAACGGUAAAGAGCACAAAUUAAAUGUCUAUAUUAAUUAAAUUUUGAAGUUUAAAGACAAACAAUUAUUAUAGCAAUUUUAAAGAAAUUAAUUCAAACCAGACUUGUGAGACCGCAAUGGUUUGGAACCUUACUACAAAAACAAUGAAAUCAAAGUAAUUUUAUAUAAAACUUUGUAAUAUUUAUUUAAAUGUCACAUCAAACUAUAAAUUUUCAUCAAGUAUCAAAUGUAACAUUUGUCACAAUUCAAGGUUUUAGGGACCAUGUUAAAGAUAAAGUGGGGGUGGGGACAUCAUGUCUGAAAGCUUACAAUAGGGGCCUCACUCUAAAGCAGAGAUGAGCAUAGUUUCUAAUGCCAUUCAAAUAUAUUUGGUGUAUAUAAUUUGGAAGGGUCUGGGCUAGAUUUAGAUGUGAUGAAGCCCGUAGUUAACAAGUGUUAAUAGAAAAUAAAGUUUCUAUUGAAGGAAAGCUACCCAUUAAUAUAUGAGAUCAAUUGAAUUAGAAUAAAUAGUAGUCUACCAAUUUGGUGUAUUUAAUUUGGAAGGGUCGAUCUGGGCUAGAUUUAGAUGUAAUAAAACGCGAAACUGGUAACUGUUAAAAGAAAAUAAAGUUUCUAUUGAAGGAAAGCUACCCAAUAAUAUCGGAGGUCAAUUGAAUUAGAUUACCGGUAUAUAGUAGUCUACCAAUUUCAUCAAUAGGUCAUUAAGACUGUUAGGCCCUAAGUUGAAUUAGAUUACUGGUAUAUAGUAGUCUAUAAGUUGUAGCGUAUGCAUAAAUAAGACCCUGGUAAAGGUGUCCCACUGUAACUAGAGAUCAAUAUUUGGACCCAAAAUCAGGAUUUUAGUAAUGUCCUGGUGUAGUAAAUUUUUUCUUGGAGAAAGUGAUACUGUCUCUUUAAAGUAGAAUUAGCUGUAUUUCUAUGUGUUAACCUCUGAGAACUUAACUUUUGGCUGGAUAUGUAUACAGAUGGGCAGUGUGGCAGAUCCAGGUGUGCCCCAGGUGUGCCCCCACCGACCUAAAUAACAGUAUGAAAAGCACUCCUUAUAAUAUUUCUAUGAAACCUGUAAAUUUGAGCAUUUUGUGAGUUGGGGGGAUAUAUUUGGGUGUGCCCCCACCUCCCUAAAAAACAGUAUGAAAAGCACUCCUUAAAAUAUAUUUCUAUGAAACCUGUAAAUUUGAGCAUUUUGUUGGGUGGGGGGUAUAUUUGGGUCCAGAUAUGUGCCACAAAUCACCAUUGACACCCCAAUUAUUCAAAAUUUAUUGGGUCCUAUCUUGUCUAAUUCCCUGCCCUAACCAAGUAUCCGCUGAUUGAUAGGCCUAUUUGAGAUAUUUUUCAUGGUUUUGUAUAUAAGAUAAUUAGCUAGCUGAAUGUACUUCCACACUAAUUUGAUUUUCUGUUCUCAGGGAACACCUGUAAACAAAAUUCCAUCUUAUUUCUUCACACCUAUUAUAAAAUGUCCUUAUGUCUUGAGGAAAAGGCUUAUUCAAAAACCAACAGUACCUGGUUGUACUGUUCAAAAUUUAGUCCCAGAUUUUUAAAUUUUAAAUAAAACCUCUUUCAUAUGGUUUAAACGGCUAUUUAUUUAUCAUGACCUGAAGAAGAGAAAAUCAAAUGGGUGGGGGACCUAAUAAGUAUAGGCUUUUUUUAUAUAUCUGUACAUAGUGAAAAGUUUAUAUUAUAAUAUAAGACGUAAUGCAUUGUCAUAAAGAUUAUAAUGUUUUGAUAAUAAAAUAAUGUAAAUAAA